GAAAUCUGGAACAAGAACCGCGUGGCGAGGCGAGCCGGUACCAGUGGCACCGAGGAACUCGGUACCAACGGAGGUCUCAUCUUCGGGAAACGAGAACCCGCGCGCUCCCUGCUCGCCGUCGUUCAACCGUUAACGACGACCGCCGCACGUUCCCGAUCUCACCGUAAAGUGCGCGUAUAUAAAACCGAUCCUGACCACCUGGAACACCUAGUUUAUCGUAACACGGUGUCGGGUACGCAUCGUUCCCAAUUCGUCGAUCGGACGAUCCUUUCUUCGAAUCUUGGAAUCAUUCGAAUUAUUAAAAAAAAAAAAACUUAUGAUUUCGAUCGAAUCGUAUCAUUCGUCGAAGAGUAUAAUAUCACGGAUAAAAAUAGUUUGGCAAAGUUCUUGAAAGAUCGGAAGGUAAUAUCGAAAGUUCACGAGGAAUAUUGAAUCGAGUUUCAGAGGAAGCAUAUAUAUAUUAUAUAUAUAUAUAUAUGUAUAUAUAUGUAUACACAUAUAUACAUAUAUAUACAUAUAUAUAUAAGGUUGGAGAAGUGGAAGGAACGACACGUGUCGCUGUGUUGCUAUAGUGAAUCGGUAUCAGUCUGGUUCACGAAAACGUUCAGUGUACGUUACGCACGAAAAUUGAUCGUUAUCGACGACACGAUGCCACGAAGCGGUUUCAAAACGGCCAUGUUCAGGCCGAGCAGGGCCAGGACGAUAGUCCUGGUCGGUUUGGUGUUGCUCACGCUUCUCGACGCUGUGAACGGCAUACCGUACAAGAGAUCGUUGCUCAGGCUGUGCUCGAAAAGUCUCAGCGACGCCCUGUACCUCGCGUGCAAGGGUCGUGGAUACAACGAGCCGUUUUCGUACAGCGGCGAGGACGACCCUAUGGACGUGGGGCCCGGACUCGCGGAGGAGUGUUGCUACCAUCAGUGCAGCUAUGCUCAGCUUGAACAGUACUGCAAACCGGAUAACGCCAGCUCCGUGGACGCCGUAAAGAGUCCGGUCUGGAUAAAAUACCCGUACCUGUCCACGAGGUCGGCAGCCUCGUCGUCGUCGGAAGAGAGAUCGAGGUCGGACAUCGGCUACGUCCACGGUACAAUCAAGUGCAGGAUCCAUGGAUCGAAGGGGGCACGAAAGAAGGGGGCUAACACGGACCGUGACGACGACGCCGGCGGCUGCGAUGGGAGAAACUCGAUGAGGAGGCAUCGAACCGGCCAUUGCGGUUGCAGGCAUCGACGACAGAGGCGUCGUCGUCCUGGCAAGAUGUUAGACAAGACACCAGGCGUGAAAACAUCAAGGCACGAAACGUUAAAAUUGCCGGUGUCAUCGAACAAAAGCGAAUAAUUUCUUCAGAACAUAUGGGGGAAAAAAAAUAAUGAAAAACGAAGGAGAGGAAAAGAAUAAUAUCCUAAGCGGCGCCAUUUUGCCGCUUCUCGGCAUCGAACUCUCCAUUCUUACCUCUUCCCUCCUUCAUUCGUGCACAUUUAUCAGGAAUAAUCGAAGUGACCACGAGUUUAAAAGUCAACGACAAAAUCGUAACGAAUAAAGAGAGUAGAUUAAAAAGAAAAAAAAAAGAAAAAAAAGAAACAAAAAAGAAAGAAACGAAAGAAAAAGACAUAAAGAAAAAACCGAUGGACGAAAAAAGAAAAAAAUGUAUAAGAAACUCGGACGUAACUCGGAAAAGAAGAGCGUGAAAAUCAGUAAGAAGAUGUCUAGUCCCAUAAAACAGUGAUAAAUUUGAUCGUGGUAUUUUCUCGAGUCAAAGGAAAAGAGAUUUUUAAGAGACGAGAAUGAGAAAUAAUAAGUCGUUCGAUCGUCCUCCCUUCGAAUCCACGGCGUGAAAUGUCGGAAAGUUUUGGGAAAUUUAUUGCCUUUAUCUGUAUAUAAAUUAAAUUUCGACAAAUUUUUCCAUCCGAAUCAAAUAUUUUAAAUUUAAAUCUAAAGAAAGAAUGAAUAUGAUAAAAGAAUGAAAAAAAAAAAGAAAAGAAAAAAUAGAAAAAUGGAAGAAAAAAUCGUGGAUUUCUCGUACGUGGAUCGUCGCAUCGUUUCGAGAACGACAUCUCUGUUUGAGUGACGCGGAGGAUUUUGGAAUAAAUUGCACGAAUAAAUUCGUGGCUGAAUAAGAAAAAAAAAUGGAGAAACUGUACACAUAUAUGUUCGAAAGGAUCCCGGGACAACAGUCGCUCGCGAUCUUCUAGAGAAAGACUUAAAUCCAGUGUUGUAACGUCUAAUCUAAUACGUAUACUAUUAAGCGUAUGUAUAUAUAUAUAUGUGUGUGUGUAUAUAUAUAUAUAUAUCUUUUUUGCUCGAUUUUUCGUUUUAUUAUUAUUUUUUUCUUCUUUUUUUUUUUUUUUUAACAAGAUAUAAAUGUGAAAUUUAGAUUUAGUUUCGAAGAUAUUCUCUUUAUAUAUAUUUUUUUUUAUCUUUUUUCGUUUUUCUCGCACGGUUACCGGCCACUUUCAAUCCUUUUGUCGAACAAUGAUCUCAUUAGUAUUAGAGCUAAGGAAUUUUCUAAGUUUAAUAAAUUAGUGCUGAACGAACUAGUCACUAAGGACGACGGUGAGAGGUAGCUGGCAACCGAGAGAAAAGUGAAAAAUAAUCGUGAAGUAAUUUUCAAUCAAAAAAUUUCCUCGAAAAUGAUAAAAAUCGAGUAAUGGUCCUGACUUUUUUUUUUUUUUUUGGAUGAAAUCCAUGCGAAAAAUUUAGUGUCUGGUUUAUAAGAAAACGGAUUUUAAUAGAAAUCGAUUUUUUUUUUAAAUCUAUUUUUUUUACAUCUAAAUUUUUCAGCCUGGAUAAUACUAUUCCCACGAAAAGAUUUGAAACAGAAGAUUUCCAAAUUAAAUAGGAAUCUUCUCGAGGCAAAAUUGAACGAUUUUAAGACAGCUAUUAUAGUAACUUCGAAAUUUAUUUUCGUUACAUUCGUUAUUCGUUACAAAGCGCAUAUUACUAAUUUAGAAAUUUCAAAAGAACAACAUUCAGACUGCUUUUCAAUCGAAUGACCUAAAAAGGAAGCGCAAUUGCUCUUUACAACCGAACACAAAUAAGCAGAUGCAUAUAAACGGAUAUACCAGCGAUAGAACAUUGCCGUGCCGUUUAACACCAUUCAAUUUUGCCUCGUACUGUAUAGUGAGAUACUCGAGGCACACUCGAGUGGUGCAUAAUGAUCGAGGAUCGCGAACCACCAGAUGUGUUUAAACGUCAUUCGCUUAGUUUUUCAAUUAGUUAAUUUAUUUCAUUCGACCCUCGAUACAUUCGAGUGUGCCGUUUUAAAUUCCGCUGUUUUUGCGUAGAGAGUAGUGUAUGCAAAUUAGUGAGAUAUCGGAAGAAGUAUAAGUAAGAAUCUUAAUAAAUAUUCUAGAAUAGAUAAUUAUAUUAACCCUGCUAUGCUCUUUGGAUCGUCUUUUGAGAUCCAAUCAUAUUUUUCUAUCUAUAUUGAUGAAUUGGGAAUACGAAAGAAUCGUAGUUACCCGUUUUUAUUUUUUAUUCGGAAUUCUUCGAAUUCGACUUUUCGUGAAAAUUCGUAGAUAAAGAUUUGUAAAAGAGUUCGUAGCAGAGUUAAUAAAUUUUUUCUUUUCUUUGUCAAAAUUCAGAAGAAUAAAAAUAUAAGAAUAAUUUUCUUUACAAUUAUUAUUAUUUACACGAUGCAAUAAGAAUGUUAAUAGUAUCUUGUUCAUUAUACUUCUUCCAUCAAGUAUUCAUAUUUCACGAGCAUUUUAUGUAUAUAGCUUUCAUUUAUUCGUCACACGUACUCAUACACACAAAUCAUAAUCGACGUUUCAUUGUAAAUAAUUUGUAUGUCGCCAUGGGUCCUGUGUAACGAGGAACGAUUUAUUUAUAUCAAUCGAAUAGCUACUUGUUCGCGAAGUCUUCCUUCCUGUUCAGACGCGUCGACCAUAAGAGAUCGCGAUUCAAACGGGACACGUGGCGGGUUCUUGCGUAACCGGAUUGCAGAUAGCGAUGGGAUCGAUUUUCGUUGUCGAUAUACAUGGAAAUUUUUUCCCAGUUCAAUCUGUCAGAAUUUGCAUGGAAAUACUAGAAAGAAUUAACUUCACGUAUUUUUCCCGACUUAUUUCUCGGGAAUGAUAUAUUUCAGGAUAAUUUAAUAAUAAUAACAAUAGUAAUAAUAAUAAUAAUAAUAAUAUUUACAUUCGUAAAAAAAGUGAAAUUUAUUCCUGCAAUUGAUUAAACUUCAUCGUUAUUUUCGAAUAUUUUUCGAAAUUGAAAAAGGAUGGAGAUAUAUCUCCAUCGGAUAGAAAAUUCUUCUUUUCUGAGUAUUUAAUAAUAGUGGUGGAUAUUCAUAACAGUCAGAGAUAUUUAAUUUUGGAUUUCUUAUUUGUUACGUAAAAGUUGAAGAUAAUUUAUCGCCUACUGUACAUCUUCCUUCUCUCCCUCUUUCUGUCUUCACACAUUUUGAAAGCCGCUCCGACAAUGAUAUAUUUCACUUGCUUGAACCAUCAUAAUUCAUUGGUAUUUCUGUUUGUCUAUUCUUUGGUCUCUGAUUUUUCUUUCGUAUUUAGUUCGCAUUAAUCCUCAAUAUAUUAUAAGUGAAUCUUUAAUUUUGAAUUUAGAAUUUAUAAUCACAUAAUCCUACCUUCUGUUCUUUCAUAAAAAAAUUAUUAUGAUAUAUUUCAAUACUUUGAAUAUAAGAAGAAAAUUAUUUUCAAAAUGACUAUAUUUACGUCAUUCAUAAUAAUGUCUUUUCUUCAUAAACUUUAAACAAAUAUUUGAUGAUAUGCUGACAUUGUUGCAAUUUUAAUUAAUCAUUUGAAAUAUCAACAAUUAUUUUUUUCUUUUAAAACAAGUUUAAUGAUUGUCGUUUAUUGAGUUUCGAAAAGAUGAAUCAUCAUUUUAUUUACUAUUUGUUCUCGUAAUGUAAAAGAGUGAAACUAUCAUUAAGAUAGAUAUUAAAAAAUCUAAAAGUGCAUUUUGGUGCAUCUUCUGACAGAUUGGACUAUUAACAGAUCACGUUGUGUCAACGUGUCGGACAUGCUACUCGUGCACAAAGAGCGAGAACAAGCAUUGCUUCUCCUCGUCUUUCUACUCAAUAGAAAUCCACGAGAGAUCGGUCUUUAUUAGGCGAUUUCAUGAUACGAUCUUUGUUCGGUACACGUGCUUCUUUAAAAUUAAAAAUCGUUCUUGGUUCAACACGCUUCGUUACUCGUAGGGGGAAAAAAUAUAAAUGCGUUCCCUAGAAAUCAUAAGAAUUUCCGAAAAUUUGAAAAUAUAAAAUCAAAAAUACGAGUUAAAUUUUAAAUCAACAAUAACUUAGAUUACGUUGUUCUCUGAUGAGGAAAACAAUAAUUUGAUUUUCACUUAUUGAAUCGAUAUGAUAUCUUGAUAAGACACGGUCGAGAAUCAAUCUUAUAAAAAUUAAUAUUUCUUCAUUUUUAACAUUGUCUCAAGAUACAAAUAUUCUCCCUAUGGAAAAAUGCAAAACUCUGACUUACUCUACGUGUUUUCUCGUCAACGAUUCUUCGGAUCAAUCAGAAAUGAAAUCCGAAAUAGAAUUCGUAAAGCAAUAAACCUGCACACACUGAUUAAACAUUGAUUUCCAAAAGCACACGUGUAACGUGUCGUUUCUUGAAUAAUUUUCGAGACGGCUCCAAAAAUACGAUCCCCGAAAGAGGUAUGCAAGAACACAUAACGUCAUUCGAAAGCGCAGAAAUAAACUUUACGACUUUUCGCAAAAUUUGAAAAAAGAGAAGAAUAAUAAAAAUGAGAAAGAGAGAAAGAGAGAGGGAGAGAGAGAGAGAGGGAGAAUAAAACUUUGCAAAAUCGUAAACGAGAGAAACAACAUUUUCGCGAAAAACGAAUAUUUUUCGAUAUUUUUUCACGUUCGAUCCCAUCACUACCUGAACACUGUCCAUUAUUCCGUCAGCCAUUAACCGCUGCACACGGUUCGCUUGUAAAUUGGAUGAUAGUAGCAAACCCACUACGGGACAUCGUCUCUCUCUUUCUCUCUCUCUCUCUCUCUCCCUCCCUCGCGAUUCUUCGUGCGAGUGCACUUUCGGCCCGAAGUGCCGCGGAUGAUACGGUAUCCGAUGCUCGAAGCGUGCGAGCGUGAAGAUCGUCUGAUUUCCGAUUGAUGAUCUCGAGAACUCACCCUGUUUUCCUUUAUCACGUUCAUUAAGAACGCGAAUUAUCGACCGUGAGAUUGGAGAAAACGAAAUAUGUAUUAAAUGUCGCGUUGGAUGGCUUGUACAUAGAGGCGAUGAAAUUGUAUUAAUUUUGAUGUAAAUAAAAUGAUUAUUUGUAAGGUAA